AUGAAUACCAUCGUGCCAGACGUGCUGAAGCAGGGGGCACAGGAGGACAAGGGCGAAAUCGCGAGGCUGCAGUACUUCGUGGGGGCCAUCGCCGUGGGAGACUUGGUGAAAAGUACGCUGGGGCCGAGAGGGCUGGACAAAAUACUCACCCCCUUGAAUAUAGAAGGCGCGAGAAGUCACCAACACACAGUGACGAAUGACGGAGCGACGAUUCUCAAGUCAGUAUGGUUGGAUAAUCCAGUGAGCAAAAUAUUGGUGGAUGUCAGCAUGCAGCAGGAUAACAAAUGUGGAGACGGAACUACCGGUGUUGUCGUCCUCGCAGCAGAGAUGCUUAGGAAUGCCGAAAUUUUAAUUGAGAAUAAAAUACACCCCCAGAUUAUCUGUGAUGGAUUUCGCAUGGCACUUCAGGCAGCUAGAGACGCGUUGGAAAAGUCCUGUUUCAGUCACGACGUUAAUUCGGAUCAGUUUAAAGAGGACAUGCUAAAAAUUGCGAGGACGACUCUCUCCUCCAAACUGUUAACCCAUGAGAAGGAACAUUUCUCCCAGCUAGCCGUAAAUGCAAUCCUACGAAUAAAGGAAAACCUAAACCUAGAUCUCAUUCAAACGAUAAAGAAAACUGGAGGGACGAUCAAAGAUUCCUACUUAGAAGAUGGAUUCAUAUUAGAAAAGAGAAUUGGCAUCAAUCAACCGAAGAGUCUCACAAAAUGUAACGUCAUGAUAGCGAACACACCGAUGGAUACAGACAAGGUGAAGAUCUAUGGGACCAAAGUAAACGUAAACAGUUUCGAAGACAUACAAGAUUUGGAAAAUGAAGAAAAAUUGAAAAUGAAAAAAAAGGUCGAAAAUAUUAUUGCACAUGGGUGUAACGUUUUUAUUAAUAGACAACUGAUUUAUAAUUAUCCUGAGCAGAUUUUUCGAGAGAAUAACGUGAUGACAAUUGAACACAGCGAUUUCGAUGGCAUGGAAAGAUUGGCUAGCUGUUUAGGAGCAGAAAUUGCCUCCACUUUUGAGAAAGAUCUGAAUAUCAAGCUAGGUUAUUGCGAAAAAAUUGAAGAAGUCAUCAUAGGGGAGGAUAAAUUAAUUCGAUUUUCUGGCUGCAAAAAGAAUGGAGCGUGUACAAUCAUUUUGAGAGGUGCCUCUUCACACAUUCUGGAGGAGAGUGAAAGGUCGCUACAUGACGCGCUUGCCGUUUUAGCAGAAACGAUGAAAGACAAUCGAGUCGUCCUUGGAGCCGGAUGUACAGAAAUGCUCAUGAGUAACGCUGUGGAUAAUUUAGCCAGAACCGUAGAGGGCAAGCGCAGCUUGGCUAUAGAAGCCUUUGCAAAGGCUCUCAGACAGAUCCCCACAUAUAUACUGGACAACGGAGGGUUUGACAGCUCAGAAAUAGUGAGCAAGAUAAGAGCGCAACAUACUAAGGGAAAUGUCUACGCCGGCAUCGAUAUCAACAAUGGAGAUGUCGGCAAUGUGAUGGAGCUCGGCAUUUAUGAGUCUUACAAAUCAAAGUUAUCUCAGCUGACCUCCGCCACGGAGGCGGUCGAGAUGAUUCUGCGUGUGGACGACAUUAUUAAGUGCGCCCCUCGCAAGAGGGGCGGCGUGUAG